CCCGCUUGCUCCAUGGUGCGGGAAGGCGGCAUGGCCCGGACCCCCCCCAGCUCCACGCAGGACAUCCAGAUGGACGUCUUGGACAACGCCGCCCUCCAGGGCAAGUACAGCAGGCGCAAGAGCCGCUUCAAGCGCUCGGAUGGCAGCACCUCAUCCGACACCACCUCCAACAGCUUCGUCAGGCAGGGCUCGGCCGAGUCCUACACGAGCCGCCCGUCGGACUCGGACGUGUCGCUGGAGGAGGACCGGGAGGCUCUGCGCAAGGAGGCGGAGCGACAGGCCAUGGCCCAGCUGGAGAAAGCCAAGACGAAGCCGGUGGCCUUUGCCGUACGGACCAACGUCGGGUACAACCCAUCCGCCGGUGAUGAUGUCCCAGUGCAGGGCAUGGCCAUCUGCUUCGAGCCCAAGGACUUCCUGCACAUCAAGGAGAAGUACAACAAUGAUUGGUGGAUCGGGCGCCUGGUGAAGGAGGGUUGUGAGGUCGGCUUCAUCCCCAGCCCCGUCAAGCUGGAGAACAUGCGGCUGCUGCAGGAGCAGAAGAUGAGGCAGAACCGCCUGAGCUCCAGCAAAUCAGGCGACAACUCCAGCUCCAGCCUGGGUGAUGUGGUCACCGGGACGCGCCGCCCGACCCCCCCCGCCAGCGCGAAGCAGAAGCAGAAGUCGACCGAGCACGUGCCCCCCUAUGACGUGGUACCCUCCAUGCGCCCCAUCAUCCUGGUGGGGCCGUCGCUGAAGGGGUACGAGGUCACGGACAUGAUGCAGAAAGCGCUCUUUGACUUCUUGAAGCAUCGCUUUGAUGGCAGGAUCUCCAUCACGAGGGUGACAGCUGACAUCUCCCUGGCCAAGCGCUCAGUGCUCAACAACCCCAGCAAACACACCAUCAUCGAGCGCUCCAGCACCCGCUCCAGCCUGGCCGAGGUGCAGAGUGAGACCGAGCGCAUCUUCGAGCUGGCUCGGACGCUGCAGCUCGUGGCACUGGAUGCUGACACCAUCAACCACCCGGCACAGCUGGCCAAGACCUCACUGGCGCCCAUCAUUGUCUACAUCAAGAUCGCCUCCCCCAAGGUCCUGCAGCGCUUGGUGAAGUCUCGCGGGAAGUCGCAGGCCAAGCACCUCAACGUGCAGAUGGUGGCCUCGGACAAGCUGGCUCAGUGCCCCCCGGAGAUGUUCGACAUCGUUCUGGACGAGAACCAGCUGGAGGAGGCCUGUGAGCACCUGGCCGAGUACCUGGAAGCCUAUUGGAAGGCGACGCACCCCCCGAGCAGCAACCCCCCCAACCCCCUGCUCAACCGCACCAUGGCCACGGCAGCACUGGCCGCCAGCCCCGCGCCCGUCUCCAACCUCCAGGGUCCGUACCCGGUGCCGCGCGGCCGCCCCCCCCGGCAGCCCCCCCACCGCCUGUCCCGCCAGGACACCGUGGACAUGGAGCCCAUGGCAGCCGGCACCGAGCCCGGUGACUCCUGCGGCACCGACAUCGACAUGGAGCCGGGAGACGGCCCCCCCCCGGCUGCCCCCCCCUCCCCGCACCCCCACAAUGGGGGGGCUAUGGGGCAGGGAGCACCGGAGCAGAGCGAUGGGGAGAGAUGGGGCCAGGAUGUUCACCCCCCCCCGUUAGGGUGAGGGGGUGCGGGCAGGGAUGGACCCCCCCGAUCCCAAAAGGAUGGGACCCCACCGACUGCCUUUGUGCCCCUAUGGGGAGCCCCUGCUUUGCCCUGGGACCCCCACUCCUCACUUGGGGGGUGUCCCCCCCCGUACACCGCAGCCCCCCAACAUCUCGCGGUGCCUCAGGCCCUCCCUGCCCGGGGGGGGCAAGUGACCAAAUGGGCCCCCCAGCCCAUCCCCUGCCCCAUGGUGGGGGCUCUGUGUGUGCCCCCCCCUCCGGGUGCCCCCUGCUUCUCCAUGGUGCUCUUUGCCACCCGGCUGCAGGGGGGGGUCCCUGCGCUCGUCAUCCCCCCCCCCCCAAGCAGUGCCUACAGCCUGGCACUGCCCCACUGCAGGGCUGUGACCCACAGCGCCCCCC